AUGGCGAUCUUGGAGCCCUACAAGCACGGCUACUACCUGUGGAAAUACAUUCCUUCUAUAGAGGCUGCAGCAACAUUCUGUGCCUUAUUCAUAAUUGCCACAGGAGCUAUUUGCCAUCAGAUGAUUCGCAACAGAGCGUGGUUCAGUAUCCCUCUUACAGUGGGAGGCUACAUGGAAGUAGUUGGUUUUGCAUGCCGCGCAGCUGCUCAUAACAAAACCGGCAAACUGAUGCCCUACGUCAUUCAGCAAAACAACAUCCUGCUUGCGCCUGUCCUUUUCGCAGCAACGAUUUACAUGACCCUGGGUCGAAUUAUUCGCAACACGGGCGAAGAAAAUCUCUCCUUUAUCCGGCCAAAACGAAUCACAAGGCUGUUUGUGACGGGAGAUAUCCUCUCCUUGGCAAUACAAGGUGGUGCCGCGGGCCUUAUGGUUGUUGGAACCCAUAAUCAGUUGGCACAAGCAAUGGUGCUAACCGGAUUGUUCUUGCAAAUCAUACUCUUCGGUAUAUUUUGUGCUUUGGCGUUCGUGUUCGACCGCAGACUGCGUCGAUAUUCGACAACUGUUGGUCUAGGCGAUCUCCAGUGGGAUAAUAUGUUGCGAAUGCUCUAUGUUGUCUGUGGUUUGGUCAUGCUCCGAUCCAUCUUUCGGGUCGUUGAAUACAUCAUGGGGGUAGAUGGCUAUCUGCUCAGUCAUGAAUGGCCACUAUAUGUGUUCGAUGCAGUGCCAAUGCUUACUGUCAUGUUUGCUUUUUGGAGGUGGUUUCCCACGGCGGCUCAUAGACCUACCAGUUUGAGCUCGGGGACUUCCAUGGAAAUUCUAGGUCCAACAAAGUAG